UCUGUCUGGCUGCAUGGUGGGCGUCUUUUUCCGAGGUGGGGUGCCGACCCGGGCCCCCAGCGAUGUCAGUGGCCUUUGUACCUGACUGGAUGAGGGGCAAGACAGAAGUUAAUCUCCAGCAGCUCCUGGAGGAGAAUGACCAGCUGAUCUGUUGUAUCGUGGAGCAUCAGAACAAGGGUGGGGCAAAGGAGUGUGUCCAGUACCAGCACGUGUUACAUAGAAAUCUCAUUUAUUUAGCUACCAUUGCAGAUUCGAGCCCAUCCAGUACUUCGAAAGCAAUGGAAUGAUCUUUCAGUUGUAAGGAGUAAUUGAAUGUAAUCCAUCUCCUAUAAAAUGGAGACAGGAUCUUUACCAACUCAACUGCUUAAAACAUAAAACCUCUGGUUCUUUAUAAAAUGUGAAAAUGUGAAGAAAGCUACUAGUUUAACUAUAUCCUCAAUGUAAAUACUUAUUUUAAUAAUUAAUCAGAUCCCCCAGAAAGUAGACCCCAGGUGUCCUCUUUCCUGAAAUGGGAGUGUGUUUGGAUAACAAAGACAUCAUUGGCAUCUUCAAGACUACUCUUUAGUUUCAGCCUGAAGAGGAAACUGAGUAGGUGUUGGAGGAUCAGCAGGAAUUGCUGAGACUGACUGAGCCUUUGCCAAAUGAUACAGUAUCUGUGUGCUCCCAUCCAGUUUGUAAAUGUGUUCCCCCGACCCCUCUUCUCUUCUUGGGUUAAUUUGAAAUAAAGCUUGCUUUUCCACAAAAGAACAAUAUGAAGGUAUAGAUAUUUCCAUGUAAAGUGUUAUAUUGGUUCCCUCAAAAAUUGUAAGGUCUUAAUAACCAUAAGGUAUGUAACAAUACUACUGUUAUAU